AUGGGUUGCAUAUUUUCAAGAUGUUUUCCUCGUGAUCCAUUAAAAUCGUCACCACAUCCUACACGCAAAGUUUUCGAACUUUCUAACAUCCGAGAACCGAAUCCACAUGCGUAUGAAAAAGAACCAAUUAUAACAUCAAUAGUACCGGAACCACCUGAGCCAGAAGAUCAAUCACAUGCACAACGUCAUAUCCCUAUAUAUAUUGCCAUAGAAUCCUAUCAUAGUACAAAACCUAAUGAAAUAUCAUUCGAAAUCGAGGAUGAGAUGAAAUUGAUUGAAGAAAUCAAUUCUUAUGAGUUACGUGUUCAUCAUUUACGAUCGGGUCAUUCUGGUAUCAUAUCAAAAACAUAUGUUCGACUCGAUGUAGAAACUCCACUUCGAUUAGGUAUAUAUGGUCUUGGUAUCAUACAACAAUGUCUUGUACGACAUAAUGUACUAGGUGCUUAUGUUAUUCGAAAUAGUGCAAGUAGUCCAAAUGCAUUUGUCUUGACUAUUUUACAAGGUAAUGAGCAACAUAACACUUUAACUUGGGAUUAUCUAAUAUGGAUCAAUUCAUCAAAUAAAUGUUUCUAUUUUCCUCAAGAAGUAACACUUCAACAUACGUUUUUUCCAUCAUUUCGACAACUUAUAAAUGAUAAACGUGUACGUUCUGUUAUUCCUUUAACAGACAUAUUGCCAUAUUCAAUUGAAUUUGAUGAAAAAAUUUGGAAUAUACCGUUUGAUGACUUGAAAAUUGAAGAGAAAAUUAGUGGAGGUUAUUUUGGUGAAGUAGCACGUGCUAAUUGGCAUAUAAAAGAUAGAAUAAUUCCAAUAGCUGUAAAAAAACUACAUGUAAAUGGAGUCAAUAAAGCAGUUGAACGAGAAAUUGAUGCAAUGAAAAAUUUAACAAAUUUACAUAUCAUAUCAUUAUAUGGUAUUUCACAAAGUCCAGGUACGAAUCAACUUCUUAUAAUAACUGAAUUUAUGCAAAAUGGAGAUUUAAAAGCAUGGUUGAAAAAAUUACCAAAUUUACCUGAAUUUUCUGUUUUAUUAUCUUUUGCAAAAGAUAUUGCAACUGGUAUGGCUUAUUUAGAACAUCGAAAUUAUGUUCAUCGUGAUUUAGCUUGUCGCAAUAUUCUUCUUAGUCGAUGUAGUAAGAAAGUAAAAAUUGGUGAUUUUGGAUUAUCAACUAUUAUAGAUACGAAUGAUACGGGUCGACGUGAAGAGGCUCUUUCACAAAAACUACCAACACGUUGGUUAGCACCUGAAUUACUCAAUGAUCAAGCUGCUUAUUCAAUUAAAUCAGAUAUCUGGGCAUUUGGCAUUGUACUGAUUGAAAUUUGGUUAAAAGGUGAAGAUCCUUAUGCAGAAAAUAUUCAUGCAUGGAUUCAAUCAGCUGUAAGCACUGGACAUGUUCACGAGAAGCCAGAUUUAUGUCCAAAUGAUUUCUAUGAAAAAAUCAUAUGUGAAUGUUUGAAAUUUCAAGCAAAUGAUCGACCAACUUUUUCAAAUUUAAGACAAUCAUUAGGCAAGUGGUAA